AUGUUGAAAUGCUUCAAUGUGCACACCGCUCACCAGAUCGCCUUGGAAAAGGCAGACAGCCUUGCCUACAAUGGCCCAUUGCGGAUGUUCAAAGAUGAAGAUUUUGAAUGCCUUCAGGAUGCAAGACAUAUCCUGCAGCUGGUGCGGACGGAUCAUCGCGCAGUCGAGUCAGUGGUAUCAACAAUUGUACUGAUCGAUUGGACAUCUGAUUAG